UUAAAGAAACCGGUAUACCUUCGUUUUUGUUUGAAGCCGUCGUUCGUACUUCGUGCUUCGUAGGUCUCUCUCCUUCCUUCAUCUUCAUUCUCCUUCGUUUGUCCGGUGUGGGUUUCGUUUUUACGGUAGCCUCCGGUGUCUGUUGAAGCUUUUGAGAAACAAUGGGUCUACGAUUAUUUGAUGGAAGUGAUUCUGACAAUGACAACUCAAAGAUAGAAAUUAAUCAGGAUUAUGCUAAAAGGUUUGAGCAUAACAAGAAGCGAGAGGAUCUUCAGCGCUUAGAGGAGCUAAAGAAGAAGGGUCUAAUUGAAGACUCUGAAUCAGAAAGCUCGGAAUCUGAUUCAUCUUCUUCAGAGGAAGAAGAUAGCCAAAACUUUAGGAAGGACUUGAAGUUCUUCAAUGCAUUAAUCAAGGUAAAGAAGAAGGAUCCGACACUCAAACAGAAAGAGGCCAAGCUUUUUGAUUCAGAUGAUGACAGCCAUGGCAAGGAUAAUGAUGGCGUCAAAGGUAGUUUAACAGAAAAGAAGAAAAGUAGUAUGUAUUUGAAAGAUGUGGUAGCGAAGCAUUUGAUUGAAGAGGGUCCUGAAUUCAAUGAUGAGAAUACUAAAAAUGUGAAGAUUUACGAUACGGAGCAAGAGGAAAUACGCAAGGCAUUUUUGGAGGCAGCCGAAUUGCAAGAUGAAAAUGAUGAGGAGGAAUUGUUAAAAGUGAAGGAGAGAGGUACAGUGGAAGAGGAAAAAAAUGAAGAAUUUGAGAGGAAGUUGGACGAGUAUUUUGGAGAUGGGGAUGACCAAUUGGAUGAAAAUUCAAAGUUCUUGAAACAGUAUUUUAAGAAUAAACUGUGGAUUGGUGAAGAUGCAAAGGUUGAGGAAGAGGAGUUGAACAUGCUAUCCGAGGACGAGGAAGAGAUUGAAAAACAAGAGGAAUAUGAAUACCGGUUCCAAGAAAAUGCAGAAGAUACUAUUUUGGGGCAUAGUAGGACCAUUGAGGGGUCAGUUAGGAAAAAGAAGAAUUCGAGGAAGGAGCAGAGAAAGAAUAAGGAAGAGAGGAUGGAGAUUGCAAGAUUAGAGAGAGAGGAGGAGUUGAAGCAUUUAAAAAAUUUGAAGAAGGAGGAGGUAAAGCAGAAGCUUAGGAAGAUUAGAGAAACAGCAGGACUUGGGGAGGACGAGAAUUGCUUAUUGGAUAUUAAAGAUUUAGAUGAAGAUUUUGAUCCUGAAGAGUAUGACAGGAUGAUGAAAGUGGCUUUUAGUGAAGAAUAUUAUGAGAAAGAAGACAUUGAUGCUGGGUUUGGAAGUGAUAUGGAUGAUGAAGGCAAUGGUGAGCAUGAGAAACCUGAUUUCGACAAAGAGGAUGAGUUGCUUGGAUUGCCAAAAGGGUGGACCUCCUCUGAGUCAGGUGAUGGCUUCUUUGCAGCUAGGCAAAGGAGUUUAAGCCAUAAAAUUGAUAAUGAUAUGAGCAAUGAAGAUAAUGAAGAAGAUGAAGAAAAAGGCAAUGAGGAUGAAAAGGGCUCAAGAAAGAGGAAGCGUAAAUUAUCUCUGUACCAAAAAGCCAAGGAAGCCAUGAUGGAGGAGUAUUAUAAAUUAGAUUACGAGGAUACAGUCGGAGACUUGAAGACGAGGUUUAAGUACGCCAAAAUACAACCUAAUCGUUAUGGAUUGAGUACUGAUGAAAUCCUGGCAAUGGAUGACAAGGAGUUGAAUCAGUUCGUUUCUAUGAAAAAGUUGGCUCCUUAUAAAGAAGAAUGGAAGAUGCCAAAUAGUACUAGACAGCGCCUGAAAAUGAGGUCUAGGGAGCUCCUUAGAGGCAAACAAUCUAGUGAACAGAAAGAUAUUGGGAAGAGAAGGGCGAAAAAUUGCUCCAACGUGCACAUUUUGGAUGACAAUGAGAAUGACAAAGUAAAUAAUGCUGACAAGGGCAAUAUAUCUCGGAAAGCCAGGAGAAAACAACGUCAAGCUGAGCUUAAAUUAUCUCACUUUAGGAAUCUGGCAUACGGCAGGACAUCCUUGAAAUCUAAGAAGAAAUCAAAACACUGAUCAUCAGCCAGGAAAAUCUGUUGUAACAGUACCAGCAUAUUUCAAUCUCUCAAAGGACGGCGACGAAAGAUACUGGUCGGAUUGCUGUCUUGAAAUUCUUCGCAUCAUCAAUGAACCAACUGCUGCUUCCCUUGCUUAUGGCUGACAAGAAAACCAACUAGACCAUUCUCAUUUUCGAUCUUGGCGGUGGAAUGUUCGAUGUCUCAGUCCUUGAGGUUGGAGAUGGUGUAUUUGAGGUUCUUUCUACUUCAGGCGAUACACAUUUGGGUGGCAAUGAUUUUGACAAGAGAAUUGUCGGUUGGCUUGCUGAGAGCUUUAAGAGGGAUGAAGGAGUAAACCUUUUGAAAGACAAACAGGCGCUGCAACGUCUAACCUAAACUGCUGAGAAGGCAAAGAUUGAGCUAUCAUCUCUAACACAAACCAAUAUUAGUUUACCAUUUAUCACUGUGACCAGCGAUGGCCCUAAACAUAUUGAUACGACACUUACUAGGGUUAAGUUUGAAUAAUUGUGUUCAGACUUGCUAGAUAGGUUGUGAUCACUGGUGGAAGCGGCUUUAAAGGAUGCACAGUUGUUGUUCAAAGAUAUAAAUGAAGUCAUUCUUGUUGGUGGCUCAACUCGUAUUGCAGCAAUUUAGGAGCCCCAUCAAGAAAAUUACAGGGAAAGAUCCAAAUAUGACUGUAAAUCCCGACGAAAUGGUUGCUGUAGGCUGGAGAUGUCAAGCACCUUGGCUUUAUACAAAAUCUUAAUUACUUGGUCUUGAAAAUAACUUGUGCAUAUGUGGUUUAGAGUUUAGAUGAUGUAUACAAAGUACAGUUUCUUGUAAUGUUAUUAUAUGUUAAAAUAAAUGGUGUAGUUUAGGCAAAUCUAGAUCCUAUUUUUUAGUCUUUACUUAUGUGACUACAUAUCUUUUGUAUUUAUUCUUGCAUCAUUCUCCUACGCAAAUACAUAUCAAUAUUAAUAAAAUAUUCAAGCAUUCACAUGGUA